AAGAUUGGACUCCUUUCCUAAUAACACUCAAAUGGUAAAAGGAAAUCACUAAGAAAUCAAAUUUGUCAACCAUUCUUGAUUCAUCUUAUAACAAACUCAACAACCCCAUAAUUUAGGUCUUGUUAGUAUUUGGCUUGUGUUCAUUUGGCAUAAAUUUUCUUGAAAUUUGUUUUUUUUUUCCUCAUAAAAAUGCCACCUUUUGUUGGAUCAAACCCUCUUUCAUAUGGUUUCAGACACAAAAACAACAACAACAUGGAUUCAGAUUCCAACAUAGUCACCAUUAAUGUUGGUGGUCAUCUUUUUCAAACAACCAAACAAACCCUAAAUCAAGCAGGUUCAAAAUCCCUUUUUUCCACAAUUUCUAGUAAUGAUUCAAUUCCAUUUAUUGAUAGAGACCCUGAAAUUUUCUCUGUUUUACUAUCCCUUUUAAGAACUGGAAAUUUACCAUCAAAAGCUAAAAACUUUGAUAUUCAAGAUUUGAUUUUUGAAGCUAAAUUUUAUGGUGUAGAACAACUUAUUUUGAAUUCCCAGUCAAACCCAUCUCAGUUUGAGCCUUUUGAUCUUGAAAAAUCUCUUCUUUUACCUUUAACUGGUAGAGAUUCACCUACAGCAAUUUCCACAACACAAAAUGGUUCAGUUCAAGUAGCUCAUGGUUGUAAAAUUACUUCUUUUGAUUGGUCUUUAAAGAGAAAAUCCACAAUUUUAACUCUAUUUCCAGCUAUUGAUUCUAUGUUGUGUUUAAAUUCAAGAACUGUUGCAGUUGGUGCUACUGAUUUUUCAGGUUUACAGGUUCUUGAUCUUGUUAAGGGUUCUGUUAAGAAGAAUCUUAAUUGGGAAAAUGUGACCAAGUCUGGUUCAACAGUACAAGCUAUUGGAUCAUCAGGUGAGUUCUUGUUUACGAGUUUCGAAUCAUCUAGGAGGAAUUCGAAUUGCAUUAUGGUAUAUGAUGUUAACGAUGAUUUUAAACCGGUUACUAAGAUUGGUCAUUAUGAAAUCUUUGGUGCUCAGUUGGAUUCAGCAAUUCCAGCUACUAAGUUAAGAUGGUUACCUAGUCAUAACUUGUUAAUGUCUGCUGGUUCACAUAGUGGUCCUUCUGGUGUACUUGGGAAUAUUAAGUUUUGGGAUUUAAGGUCCGGGAAUACGGUUUGGGAAAUAAAGGAAAAUGUUGAUUGUUUCUCCGAUAUCACAGUUUCGGAUAGUUUGUCUGGUAUUUUUAAAGUUGGAGUACACUCGGGCGAGGUUUUUCUUGCUGAUUUGAGGAUUAUUGGUUCUGAGAAUGCUUGGAUUUGUCUUGGUGAUCAAAGAAAGGUAACGAAUGGUAAAAAGGAAGGAAGUGGAUGCAAAAUCGAGAGCCAUGGGAAUCAAGUUUUCUGCACUAAAGGAGGAAAUGUUGAGUUGUGGUCUGAGGUUCUUAUCGAUGGUUCGAUAAAAGGCAAGUUUGGAUCAGAAGACAGAGUUUUUAGGAAGAACUAUCUGGGAAGAGCAAAAGAUUUUUGUGGAAAUCGGAUAACUCACUUCAGUUUUGGAGGGAAUAGAAUGUUUGUUACACGAAAGGAUCAGCAAUUUGUUGAGGUUUGGCAGCGUUCAAUUAGGGGAUUUUAGUUUUUUUUUCGCGAGCAUUGGUAGGAGUAGGUCGUGGCAUUGAAGCCAACUUGUCUGGGACUGAGACGCGGUUCAUUGAUUGAUUUAUUGAUUGGUAAAAGAAGGUUAGUGACUAGUUUUAUUAUUUGUAAAUGUUUUAUUUAGUUCCUCUAACCUGUUAUGUGCACAGAAUUGUAUUUAUACAACGCUAAUGAAAUGCCGAAAUGUGAUUCUUUUUUUGUUUCAA